AUGUUUCCUAUCCCAACAGGCAAGGGUCUACGGCUACCACCAAUACAGAAAGUUUUCCCAAAAGAAACACCAGAGGAGCGACUGGGUCGCUUAGAGAGGCAAGCAGCUGUCAAACAAGUAUUCGGUCGUUGCUGGGAAUCUUACAGGAGAUUUGCAUUAGCAAGGGACGAAGUCACCCCCAUCAGCGGCGGUGCCCGUGAUACAUUCGGAGGAUGGGGCGCUACCCUUGUUGACAGUUUGGACACUCUCUGGAUCAUGGGCAUGCGAGACGACUUCGAACGCGCCGUGAACGUCGCAGUUACUCUUAACUUCGAGACCACGAUGAUGGAGGAGGUCAAUGCCUUUGAAACGAACAUUCGUUACCUCGGUGGCUUUUUGGCCGCGUACGACCUCAGCGGAGACAAGCGACUUCUAAGCAAGGCCAAGGAGGUUGGUGACAUGCUGUAUGCAGCCUUCGAUACGCCGAACAGGAUGCCCAUCACACGUUGGCGCUUACACGAGGCUGCCAAUGGUACGGGGCAAGUCGCUCAAGACAAUGUCUUGCUCGCAGAGAUGGGGUCUUUUUCGAUGGAGUUUACAAGACUCUCCAUACUCACCGGAGAUGCCAAAUGGUUUGACGCGGCCCAGAAGAUCACCAACAUAUUUGCCGAGCAGCAAGACUCUACUCUCCUUCCUGGCAUGUGGCCAAUCCUGGGCAGUGCCAAAGAUGGACUCUUCAAUCAGCAUAAUGCAUUCACACUGGGAGCCAUGGCUGACUCGAUGUUCGAAUAUCUCCCGAAGACGUACGCGCUUUCUGGAGGUCUUCUGUCUAUCUACAAGUCCAUGUACGAAAAGGCUAUGGGGGCGGCGAUGAAGCAUAAUCUCUUCCGGCCCAUGGUACCCGACGAGAAAGACAUUUUGGUAUCUGCAAUGGUUAACGUACACUCCGAAGACGGUCAAUCGGAUGUGGAACUAGACCCAGAAGGACAACAUUUAGUAUGCUUCGUUGGUGGCAUGCUGGCAGUUGGGGCGAAGCUCUUUCACCUUCCCGAGCAUCUGGAGAAAGCGCAGAAACUGGUUGAUGGCUGCAUCUGGACCUACCAGGCGCUUCCUCUUGGUAUCAUGCCGGAAUCAUUUCACAUGUUGCCCUGUCCAUCUGAGAAGGCUUGCCGAUGGGAUGAAGAGGCUUGGAAGAAAGAGGUCCUCCGGAAGCAUGAUAGGGAGACAACAGACAUCAGUGAAGCGGAUGCUAUAAUUUCAGAUGAGCGACUGCCGAAGGGGUUUACAAAGAUUGGAGAUACAAGAUACAUUUUGCGACCAGAAGCUAUUGAGAGUGUUUUCGUUCUCUACAGAAUUACGGGCCGCAAGGAUUUGCUCGAAUCUGCAUGGAAGAUGUUCCAGGCGAUCGAGAACAAUACCAAAACGGAAUUCGCGAACGCUGCAUUAAGCGACGUCACAGUGACAGACGGUAAUCCACUCAAGACCGACUCAAUGGAGAGCUUUUGGAUGGGCGAGACGCUCAAGUACUUCUAUCUCGUUUUUAGCGAGCCGGACCUGAUUAACCUGGAUGAGUAUGUCUUCAACACGGAGGCCCACCCGCUCAAGAGGCUUGUCCCGUGA